UCGCCGCCUCUCCCACCGUGGCCGCGGCAGAGCGCGCGAGGACCCCGGCAGCCUGGCGGGGAGCUCCCCCGCGGUAGCGCCUGCCCGGGAUGGACCCUCGGAACUGUGCCAUGUUAGGGCUGGGCUCGGCGGACGCGGAAGGGUUCCCCAGGAAGGGCCCCGGGGCCGCCGCCGGCCCGGGCCCGGGCCCCGGCCCCUCGGGCGGCAGGAGGGAGGCCGAGCGCCAGGAGGACGCCUGGGGCCGGGGCGAGGCGGGGCAGGGGCCCGACGGGGCCGAGGCCGAGGCGCCCCCGCAGUUCUCCGUCAAGGAGACCAACUUCUCCGAGGGGAACCUCAAGCUGAAGAUCGGCCUGCAGGCCAAGAGGACCAAGAAGCCGCCCAAGAGCCUGGAGAACUACGUGUGCCGGCCGGCCGUCCGCACCACAGGACGCCAGCCCAGGAAGCCGCUCAAGGGCGGCAAGGCCGGCGACGACCGGGCCGAGCCCGGCCCCGCCAAGCGGGACCCGGCCAAGCUGUUCCGGAAGGCGGACGACGGUCCGGUCGCCGAGAGCCUCCGCCGCCACACGCCGGCCGAGGCCCCCUCCGCGCCCCGGAAACCGUCUCCCCUCCGCGCCGAGAUGACGGCCGACGGCCCCAAGGCGGGGCCGCCGCCGCCGCCGCCGCCGCCGCCCGCCUCGGGGGUUAGCCGGGCGCCCCCCGACCCCAAAGAGCGGGCCCUGCCCAACGGCGCCGCCAGCGUCACGGAGAAGCUGGCCCAGCUCAUCGCCACCUGCCCCCCGGCCAAGUCCGCCAAGGCCAAGCCCAAGAAGGCGACGCCCGGGCCGGCGGCCGGGGGGGCCGCGCCCGGCAAGGACCCGGCGAAGAAGCCGGCCCUUGGGCCGCCGGCCAAGGACCCCGGCAAGCGGGCCGGCCCGGGAACGACGGGGGGCUUGCCGGCCAAGGACCCCGCGAGGAAGCCGGGGCCCCCGUUCAUCGCCAAGGACCCGGCCCGCCGGGCCGGCCCCGCCCCGGCCGCCGGGUCGGCCGGCAAGGAGCCGCCCAGGAGGCCGCCGGGCCUCGGGUCGGUCCCGGGCCCCCCGGCCAAGGAGCCGGCCAGGAGGCCCGGGCUGGGCUCCCUCCUCGGCCUGGUGAGCCGCGAGCCGGGCAAGGGGACGGCCCCGGCCACGCCGCCCAAGGAGCCUGCGCGGAGGCCGAGCCCCCGGGGCCCGGCCCGGCCCCGCCCGCCGCCCACGGCCCCCCCCGGCGCCGGCCUCGGCGGCCCGGAGCCCGCCGGCGUCCCGGGCGAGGGGCCCCCCGGGGCCGGCCGGCUCCCGGACAAGGCGGCGGCCGGCCGGCCCUUCCGCGACGGCGGCCCGGACAAGUCCUCCGGCCGCAGGGACGGGGCCCCGGGCCCGGGCGCCGGCCCCGGGGCGGACAGGGCGGCCCCCGGCUUCGCGGAGCGGGGCGGGGGCCCGGAGGCGGGCCGGCCGGAGAAGCCGUCGGCCGUCUACUGCACGUCCCCGGACUUCCGCACGGGGGGCGCGUCCGACGCCUCCUCCGCCAAGUCCCCCUUCAGCGCCGCGGGGGAGGGCAGCCUGCCCUCGCCCGCCCCGGCCGUCUCGGUGGCCGCCCUGAGCCGGACCCCCGCGGGGGCGGCCCCGGCCCCGCCGGCCCCGGCCCCGCCGCUCCCGGGCCCCUCGGCGGAGGCGCCCGAGGGGGGCUCGGAGGCGGGGCCGGCGGGCAAGCGGCCGUUCUCCCCCGACCGCGUCCCGCCGGCCCACCGCCCGCGGGGCCACGGCCCGCCGGGCUCCGACGACGGGCCCCGGGCCGGCUCCGUGCUGGGGAAGGAGGCGGGCGCGGUGGCGUUCGGCGGCCUGUUCGGCCCCAAGCCGCUGCGGGCGCUGGGGGCCCUGGGCGCCCUGGGGGCGGCGGCGGCGGCGGCCGAGAAGUGCUGCCCGGGGGCGGCCGGCGGGCUGCAGGCCAAGCCGCUGAAGAAGCGGAAGGGGCGGAAGCCGCGCUGGACCAAGGUGGUGGCCCGGGCCGCCUGCCGCUCGCCCAAGGCGCUGGAGCUGGACCGCGCCGAGCUGUUCCAGAGCGUGGCCCGCGCCGGGCGGGCGGGGCCGGGGGCCGGGCCCGGGGGCGGCCCCGACCCGGCCCCGUUCCUCAAGGGCCUGGGCCCGCCCGUCUUCGUGGAGCGCGACUUCUUCAAGCACCGGCUGCCCAAGCUGAGCCCGGCGGGGCCGCCCGCCCACCGGCCCUUCGGCUCCCACAAGCUGCCGGCCGGCGUGCGCGUGGCGGCCGACCUGCUGCCGGAGCUGUACCGGCCCAAGCGGGGGCGGCCCCGGGCGCAGGACAUGCCCCAGCUGGAGGGGCCCCCGAAGCGGGCGCUCCGGGUGCCCGCCUCCAAGGUCUUCUCGCUGCCGGGGCCGCCCGCCAAGGAGGAGCCCGGCCCGCCCGUCCUGCAGCCCGAGAUCGAGAUCCCCGGCUUCCCGCCGGGCCUGGCGGGCUCCCCCUUCCCCAAGAAGCGGGGGCGGCCCAAGCGGCAGCUGCGGCCCCCGGCCCCCCGGCAGCCCCCGGUGCUGUCCAUGGCCCCCUUCGUCGGGGCCGAGGGCCCGGGCCCGCUGGACGCGGCCGACGGCUUCUUCGAGCGGGAGGAGCGGCGCCGGGGGCCGGCCCUGGGGGCGGCGGCGGCGGCGGCGGCGGCGCCGGGGGGGGCCCUGGCGGGGGACCCCGGCCCGCGGGUGGCCAAGCGGACCCACGGCCAGCUCAUGAAGACCAUCGUCCGCAAGAUCAACAAGAUGAAGACGCUGAAGCGCAAGCGGCUCCUGACGCAGAUCCUGUCCAGCUCGGCGGCGGCGGCGGCCACGGCGGCGGCGGCGGCGGCGGAGGCGGGGGCCCCGGGGGGCCCGGGGGCCGCCCCGCCCCCGCUGCCGGGCCCCAUGUCCACCCUGGCGGCCACCUUCGGCUCCAAGCUGGGCCAGCAGAUCAACGUCAGCAAGAAGGGGACCAUCUACAUCGGCAAGCGCCGCGGCCGCAAGCCCAAGGCCCUGCUGAACGGCUUCCUGGCGGGCGGGCCGGGCCUGGGCCCCCUCCUGCUGCGGGGGGGCGCGGGGGGCGGCGGCGGCGGCGGCGGCGGCGGCCCGGGCCCCGAGGCCCUGCCCUCCCCGGGCCGCUCCCACUCGUCCAGCGGGGCCAGCGGGGGCCAGAGCCCGGCCAGCAGCGACGCCGGCUUCGCCGAGCCGGGCCCCGUGCCCUUCCUGCACGGGCACGGCCGGCCGGCGGGCGGGCGCAAGGCGGCCCGGGCCCGGCGCCGCCUCUCGCCGCCCACGCUGCUGCCGCACUCGCCCCCGCCGCCCGGCCACUUCAGCGAGCUGGCGGCCCUCAAGGAGGCCACGCCCUCGCCGGCCAGCGAGGCCCACAGCGACGAGACGGCGCCCAGCGACAGCGGCAUCGGCACGGACAACAACAGCACCUCGGACCGGGCCGAGAAGGCGGGCGGCCCGCGCAAGCGGCGCCACUCCUUCGAGCACGCGGCCCUGCUGGUGCCCGAGGCGGCGGCGGCGGCGGCGGCGGCGGCGGCGGCCCUGGGCGGCCUCAAGGACAAGCACAAGCGCAAGCGGCGCGCCCACGACUACCUCGGCUACGACCAGCUGAAGCGGCAGAAGCGGAAACGCAAGAAGAAGAAGCGGCCGGCCCUGCGCGGCCGGCAGGACCCGGGCUUCCUGGCGGAGCUGGAGGAGCUGGCCGGCCGCCUGAGCGAGAUCCGCAUCACCCACCGCAGCCGCCUGCGCUUCGGCGCCGCCCGCCACCAGCCGCUGCCCACCAUCUUCCGCAUCAACUUCGGCAGCUUCUACCCGCCGCCGGCCUUCCCGCUGGACCCGCGGCGCUACGGGCGCGACGCCGACCCCAAGCGGAAACGGGGCCGGCCCGCCAAGGCGCGCCAGGCCGUGGCCGAGGUGCCCUUCCUGCCCGGGCUCAGCUUCCCGCUCUCGGGGGCCGGCUUCUACCCGUCCUACGGCCUGCCCUACUCGCCCUCGCCGCUGGCCUCCGCCCCGCUCGGCCUGGGCUACUACGGGCGCUACCCGCCGGCCCUCUACCCGCCCCCUCCGCCGCCGCCGCCGGCCGCGGCGCCGGCCCCGGCCCCGCCCCCGCCCCCGCCCCCGCCCUCGCCCUCCUUCCCCGCCCCGCUGGCCCCGCUGCCCCCGCCCUCCUACGUGCACGCCGGCCACCUGCUCCUCAACCCGGCCAAGUACCGCAAGAAGAAGCAUAAGCUGCUGCAGCAGCAGGAGGCCCUGCUGGCCGCGGCCGCCGCCGCCGCGGCCGCCGCCGCCGCCGGCCGGGGCCCCCUGCUCUCCGUGGGCGCCUACCCCGGCCUCCCGCCCGAGGUGGCCUACGGCUGGAUGGUGGGGCACAAGCACCGCCACCGGCACAAGCACCGCGACCACCGGGCCGGGGAGCCCCCGGGCCCCGCCGCCGCCGCCCCCGUCCCCCGCGCCGCCGCCCUCGACGGGCUCCAGCGCUACCGCCUGGCCAAGGAGGGCCCCGGCGCCGAGCGCCACAGACACAAGGACGAGCACCGCUGGCACCUGGCCUGCCCCCACCUGGCCCCGCCCCGCGGCCCGCUCGCCCGCGAGGACCCCUGGGCGGCCCGGGAGCCGGAGCCCGGGGGCCCGGCCCCGGGGCCGCCGCCGGACGGCGCCGAGGGCGGGCCGGCCCGGGCCCCGGGCACCUUCGCCCCCGCCGCGGGCGGCUGCGGAGGCGGCGGCGGCGGCGCCGCCGAGCCGGCCGGAGGCGCCGAGCACACGAACCUCUUCACAAGUGCAAUAGGCAGCUGCCGGGCCGCGGCGGGGGCCGGCGGGCGCAGGCGGAGCCCGGACGGCCCCGGCCUCUUCUCCGCCCAGGACGGCCCGCUGGGGCGGCCGGCUAUGAAAGAGCCGCCUCCGCCCGGCGGCGAGAGGACCCCGCGGGCGCUGGCAGGGCCGCCCGCGGGCUCCCAGCCGGCUUCGGACAAAGUCCCCCCUCCGAGACCCUUGGACAGCAGCCACGCCAGCCCCACCCGCCGGAGACCGUUGUCCGAGGUCCCGUCUUCCACGGGGCUGGGCAUCCUCCCGCGGGGCGGCCCGCGGCCCGCCGGCGACCCGACGGACGGCCUCCCGCCGCGGGCGGCCCCGCACGAGAGCCCGGACCCCGGGGCCGCCGCCGCCGCCGCCCAGCAGGGCCCCGGCCGGGAGCCGUCCCGCGGCCUGGGGAGGCCCGAGGGCCCGCCGGGCCCGGUCGCCCCCGGCGACGCCGGCGGGGACGGCGGCCGCCCCCCGCCCCAGCUGAAGCGGCGGGCCCCGGAGCCUGGCCCGCUGCUCACCCGCAAGGUGGGCCACUUCGACAAGAUCCUGGCCACCAAGAAGAACCUGGACCACGUCAACAAGAUCCUGAAGGCCAAAAAGCUGCAGAGGCAGGCCCGGACCGGGAACAACUUCGUCAAGCGCCGGCCGGGCCGCCCGCCCAAGUCCCCGCCCCGGCCCGGGGAGCCGCCCGCCGAGGGGCCGCCCGCCGCCGAGCCCCAGCCGAGCCCCGACACCGUCACGGACGUCAUCGAGGCCGUCGUGCAGAGCGUGGGGCGGAGCGGGCCGCCCGGCCCGGCCCCGGAGCCGGAGCCCGGCCGCGGCUGGAAGAGGAAGCAGUGGCCGCCGGACGAGGAGCAGCACGGCCGCAAGAGGCCCAAGCCGCUUCCCGAGGACGAGGAGGAGAGGGAGGCCGCCCCGAGCCCGGCCCCGGACGCCCCCGCCGAGCCCCCUGAGCCCGAGGAGCCCCCGGCCCCGCCACCGCCGCCGCCUCCCCCGCCCCCGCCGCCCACCCUGGUCCCACGGGAGAAGAAGGCCCCGCGGCCCCCGAAGAAGAAAUACCAGAAGGCCGGGCUCUACUCCGACGUGUUCAAGACCACCGACCCCAGGAGCCGCCUGAUGCAGCUGAAGAAGGAGAAGCUGGAGUACACCCCCGGGGAGCACGACCACGGCCUGUUCCCCGCCCCCAUCCACGUCGGCAAGUACCUGCGGCAGAAGCGGGUGGACUUUCAGCUGCCGUACGACACCCUCUGGCAGUGGAAGCACAAUCAGCUGUACAAGAAGCCGGACGUCCCGUUGUAUAAAAAGAUCCGCUCAAACGUCUACGUGGACGUCAAGCCCUUCUCGGGCUACGAGGCCACCACCUGCAACUGCCGGAAGCCCGACGACGGCCACGGGGAGGGCUGCCUGGACGACUGUCUGAACAGGAUGAUCUUCGCCGAGUGCUCGCCCAACACGUGCCCCUGCGGGGAACGCUGCUGCAACCAGCGCAUCCAGCGGCACGAGUGGGUCCAGUGCCUGGAGCGGUUCCGGGCCGAGGAGAAGGGCUGGGGCAUCCGCACCAAGCAGCCCCUCCGGGCCGGCCAGUUCAUCAUCGAGUACCUGGGCGAGGUCGUCAGCGAGCAGGAGUUCAGGAACCGGAUGAUCGAACAGUACCACAACCACAACGACCACUACUGCCUGAACCUGGACAGCGGCAUGGUGAUCGACAGCUACCGCAUGGGCAACGAGGCCCGAUUCAUCAACCACAGCUGCGACCCCAACUGCGAGAUGCAGAAAUGGUCCGUCAACGGGGUCUACCGGAUCGGGCUGUACGCCCUGAAGGACGUGCCGGCCGGGACGGAGCUGACGUACGACUACAACUUCCACUCCUUCAACGUGGAGAAGCAGCAACUGUGCAAGUGCGGCUUUGAGAAGUGCCGGGGCAUCAUCGGCGGCAAGAGUCAGCGGGUGAGCGGGCUCCCCAGCAAGGGCACGCAGCCCUCCGCCGCGCACAGGCGGUCCGGCCGGUCCAAGGAGAAGAGGAAAUCCAAGCACAAGCUCAAGAAGAGGAGAGGCCACCCGCCCGAGGAGCCGAGCGAGAGCGUCAACGCCCCGACCCCCCGGCUGACCCCCCAGCUGCUGAUGAAGCCCAUGUCCAACCGCGAGAGGAACUUCGUCCUGCGCCGCCGCGUCUUCCUGGUGCGCAACUGGGAACGGAUCCGGCAGAAGCAGGAAGAGCUGAAGGACCCGGACGACACCCUGGCCCCCGGGGGCCCGGCCCUCUACACCCGCUGGAGCGGCAUCUGCCGGGACGACGGCAACAUCAAGUCUGACGUGUUCAUGACGCAGUUCUCGGCCCUGCAGACGGCCCGCUCGGUGCGCACCCGGCGGCUGGCCGCGGCCGAGGAGAACAUCGAGGUGGCGCGGGCCGCCCGCCUGGCCCAGAUCUUCAAGGAGAUCUGCGACAGCAUCGUCUCCUACAAAGAUUCCUCGCGCCAGGCGCUGGCGGCCCCGCUGCUCACCCUCCCGCCAAAGAAGAAGAACGCCGAGUACUACGAGAAGAUCCUGGAACCCCUGGACCUGGCCACCAUCGAGAAGCAGAUUCUGACCGGCUACUACAAGACGGUGGAGGCUUUCGACGCGGACAUGCUCAAGGUCUUCCGCAACGCCGAGAAGUACCACGGGCGCAAGUCCCCCAUCGGGCGGGCGGUGUGCCGGCUGCGCAAGGCCUACUACAGCGCCCGGCACGAGGCGGCCGCCCAGAUCGACGAGAUCGUGGGCGAGACGGCCAGCGAGGCGGACAGCAGCGAGGCCUCGCUGUGCGAGAAGGAGAGCGGCCACGAGAAGGACGACGACGUCAUCCGCUGCGUCUGCGGCCUCUACAAGGACGAGGGCCUCAUGAUCCAGUGCGACAAAUGCAUGGUGUGGCAGCACUGCGACUGUCUGGGCGUCACCUCGGACGUGGACCACUACCUGUGCGAGCAGUGCGACCCCCGGCCCGUCGACAGGGAGGUGCCCAUGAUCCCCCGGCCCCACUACGCCCAGCCCGGCUGCGUCUACUUCAUCUGCCUUCUGCGGGAUGACUUGCUCCUGCACCAAGGGGACUGCGUCUACCUGAUGCGGGACAGCCGGCGGACCCCCGACGGGCACCCGGUGCGGCAGUCCUACCGGCUGCUGUCCCACGUCAACCGCGCCAAGCUGGACAUCUUCCGCAUCGAGAAGCUCUGGAAGAACGACAAGGAGGAGCGUUUCGCCUUCGGCCACCACUACUUCCGCCCCCACGAGACCCACCACUCCCCGUCCCGCCGUUUCUACCGCAACGAGCUGUUCCGCGUGCCGCUCUACGAGAUCAUCCCUCUCGAGGCCGUGGUGGGCACCUGCUGCGUGCUCGACCUGUACACCUUCUGCAAAGGCCGGCCCAAAGGCGUGAAGGAGCAGGACGUGUACAUCUGCGACUACCGGCUCGACAAGUCGGCCCACCUGUUCUACAAGAUCCACCGCAACCGCUACCCCGUCUGCACCAAGCCCUACGCCUUCGACCACUUCCCCAAGCGCCUCACGCCCAAGAGGGACUUCUCGCCUCACUACGUCCCAGACAACUACAAGCGGAACGGAGGGAGGUCGGCCUGGAAGUCCGAGCGUCCCAAGCCGCCCCUCAAGGAGCUGGGCCAGGAGGAGGAGGCGGCGGCGGCGGCGGCGGCGCUGCCGAUGAUGGAGGAGGUGCUGGCCGGCCAGGAGCCCGCGCCCACCGCGGGCGACCCGCCCGGCCACGAGCCCGCCCCCGCCCCCGGGGAGCCCGGCCAGGGCGACAAGGCGGCCGGGCCGCCGGCCGAGGAGGGCGGGCGAGACGCGCCCCCGGCCGCCUCGUCCCCCGAGGACCAGCGGCACAGCCAGCGGGAGCGCCUCAACCAGAUCCUGCUCGCCCUCCUGGACAAGAUCCCGGGGAAGAACGCCAUCGACGUGACCUACCUGCUGGAGGAGGGCUCCGGCCGGAGGCUGCGGCGGCGGACCCUGCUGAUGGCGGAGAGCAGCUUCCGCAAGUGAGCGGCCCCGGGCCGGCCACCCCAAGCGCCGCGGCGGACGGGAGGCCGGGGCCGCCCCGCCCGCCCGCUACGGACACGGCCCCGCGGGAG